AUGACACCACAACCACCCACCCCCGCGUUACCCUCAUUCAUCCACCACUUCGCGAGCCUGUACGACAGCUACAUCCUCCCUCACCUACCCGACCCGCUCCAGUCGCUCUCGAACAACAUCUCUCCGUUCCUCGGCUCCAUCCUGUCUGCCGCGUCGAACGGCGACGUCGUCUCUCUGGCCGCGUUCCUCCUCACCGUCUACCUCUCGUUGAAGAUUGCGGACUACAUCCGGCGCAGCGUGGUCGGCUGGGUGGUCUUUCUCGUCAAGAUCGUCGUGGUGCUGGUGCUCGUGCAGGCCGCCCUCUACGUCAAUCGGAACGGACUACAAAAGGCCCUCGGCGACGCAGAGUGGGUGGUUGGGAUCCUUUGGGGCCUCGUGGAAGACAAGGUCGUGGGCAAUGGGGACGGGAGGGAUAACAGAACCGGCGGAUAUGGAAGUGGGUACGGAAAUGGCGCGUGGGGCAGCAGCAGCAAUUCUCAUGGCAGUCGGCGACAGCAGCAGGGUCCCGUGGGAGGACGAGGACGACAAAAGGCGCGGAGCGCGUGGACGUGA